AUGAAGGCUCUCAGAUACGAGAAGCCUGAGGUCUUUGACGUUGUCGAGGUUCCGCUCCCCACUCUGCGUGACAACGAUGUCCUGAUCAAGGUCAAGGCCUGCGGCGUCUGCGGCACUGAUCUGCACAUCCAUGAGGGAGAGUUCCUUGCCAAGUUCCCUCUCAUUCCUGGCCACGAGACUGUCGGUGUCGUUGCUGCCACUGGCCCCAAGGUGAAGGGCUUCCAGCUCGGAGACCGCGUUGUUGCAGACAACUCGGAGCUUUGCGGCGAGUGCUUCUACUGCCGCCGUGGUGAGGAACUGAUGUGCGAGCAUUUCGAAGCCCACGGUGUCACCAUGAACGGCGGUUUUGCCGAGUACUGCGCCUAUCCUGCUGGCCGUGUCUUCAAGAUCAAGAACCUCUCCGACGUCGAUGCCACCCUGCUGGAGCCGGCCUCCUGCGCCGCUCACGGUCUCGACAAGAUCGCUCCCAAGAUGGGCUCCAGCGUCCUUCUCUUCGGUGCCGGUCCCACCGGUCUGAUCCUUGCUCAGAUGCUCCGUCAGAACGGCGGUUGCCAUGUGGUUGUCGCGGCCCCUGAGGGUCUCAAAAUGGACCUGGCCAAGUCCCUGGGUGCUGGUGACGAAUACGUCGCGCUGUCCCGUCAGGACCCCAGUGCUCAGUUCGAGAAGCUGAAGGCCGAGAACCCGUAUGGCUUCGACAUUGUCGUUGAGGCCACCGGUAGCGUCAAGAUCCUGGAAGACGCCAUCAACUACUGCCGUCGCGGCGGUAAGCUGGUCGUCUAUGGUGUCUAUGCCAACAAGGACCGUGUCUCCUGGCCCCCGAGCAAGAUCUUCGGUGACGAGAUCACCAUCCUUGGUAGUUUCUCCGAGGUGUACAAGUUCCCUGCUGCCAUUGACUACCUCGAUUCCGGCAAGGUCAAGGUCAACGGCAUUGUGAACAAGGUGUUCAAGAUCGAGCAGUGGAAGGAGUGCCUGCAGGCGAUGAAGAACAAGAGCGCCAUCAAGGCUGCUAUCACCUUUGACUAG